GAAGUGUUGCCCUGUGCUCACGUGACGUGCUCGCCUCACGCAGCGGCUGAGUUUAUGUAACCGGGAGAGGGUUGGAAGGUUUUCCCUGUAGUAAUGCUGGCAUUGUAGUGUACUGACUAGAGGUUUAGGGUGGCCGCUCCAGGAUCAUGUCAUCCCCCGCCGUGCCAGAUGGGAUACCGUGGCUCAGGGAACUGCUGCUGGACUCUCACUCGCCGUCCAACCCCCGGCCCAGACAGCUUGAAGCAUUGCUGGAGUAUCUAGUGCACAAAUACAGCUCGUGGGCUGCCCUCAGUAAGGAUGAGGCGGGCGGCUUCACUCUGACUUGCCCGGGCUGCGGGGGGUUUCUUAGGGAGCCGGUGAGCGUUCAGUGCGGCCACAUGUACUGCCGCUGUUGCUUGAGAGGAGAGCCCAGGAGUCGGUGUCGCCUGUGCCGGGAGGAGAUGGGUGGAGCUCCACGUAGGACCUGUGUGUUACUUCAGCAGCUGGCGGACAAAUGGUUCCCACGACCACUGCCGGGGGCUAAAAGUGACCGGGAUGAGGUGAUCUUUCAGCUGCUGGGAGCCGGGGACUAUGCAGAGGCCCUGCGCACAGUCAAGAGCUUCAUGGAGACGGAUCCAGAUGAUUUAAUACUACAUGUUUACAGAGCCGACUCGUAUGCUGGUAUAUGUGAAUUUGGGAAGGCUCACAAUGAUUUGGACUUUGUCCUUUCUAUGCAAAACAACUGGCCGGAGGUGUAUUAUAAGAAAGCCAAAAUACUUCAGGCCAGCGGACAUAUGUAUGAAUCCCUGACAUUUUAUCUUAAAACCCUGGCUCUGGAUGAAACCUACGAACCAGCUAGGUCUGAGGUUGAAACGAUUCUCUGUGACUUCCUUGCUCCUGCUCAAGACACAGUAGAAGGUAUUCUGAAGGAUUUGGAAAGAAGCUCCUUACCAAACAGUCAGCUGAAACUUUUUGUGCUGGGGGCAGAUAAAGAAGAUGUUGCUUAUGAUCUACCAGGUUUGGAGCAGCAUGAAGAGGUGCCAGAAACCACAAAGGAUUUUAGCAAAAGCAUCCACAGAACAUCUUCUGCGCAUACCAUUCACUCUAAGCCUCACGCUGGAGAUGAAAGCUUAAAAAGGGUGACCUCUGAACCUAUACUAAGGAACCACGAAACAGGAGUGCUACUGAAAAGGAAAUUCUCCCUUUCUGAGCAAGAUGCAAAUAUAUGUGAGGAUGUGAGGAAAAAGCACAUAAAGCAGGGAGAAUCCGCACGACUAGAGCUCAAUGGAAAAUCUGUUUCCGAUGCCAUUAUUGAUGUGGUUGACUUUGAAUGUUCACUAUGUAUGAGACUGUUCUAUGAACCAGUGACCACACCAUGUGGGCAUACAUUUUGCAAGAAGUGCUUAGAACGAUGUUUAGAUCAUUCUCCACAUUGUCCCUUAUGCAAAGAAAGCUUAACCGAGUUCUUGGCCAAAAGAAGUUAUAAUGUGACUCACCUCUUGGAGUAUCUGAUUAAAAUGUAUCUCCCUGAAGAGCUCUCUGAAAGGAAGAGGAUUCACGAAGAAGAAACUGCAGAGUUCUCAAACUUAACAAAGAAUGUGCCAAUUUUCGUCUGUACAAUGGCUUACCCUACUGUGCCUUGUCCUCUUCAUGUGUUUGAGCCUCGGUAUCGACUGAUGAUCCGAAGAUGUAUGGAAACUGGUACAAAACAAUUUGGGAUGUGCAUAAGUGAACCUGAAAAUAGUUUUGCAGAUUAUGGUUGUAUGCUGCAAAUAAGGAAUGUUCAUUUCUUGCCUGACGGACGUUCUGUGGUGGAUACAGUUGGUGGAAAGAGAUUUCGGGUCUUGAAUAGGGGAAUGAGAGAUGGUUAUAGUACUGCAGACAUUGAGUACUUGUCGGAUAUUGCGGUUGGUCAGGAAGAAUUUCAGCAACUCAAGGAGCUUCAUGAUGCUGUGCACGCACAAGCCCGCUGCUGGUUUCAGAACUUGCGCAACAGGUUCCGCAGUCAGAUACUACAUCACUUUGGAGCAAUGCCAGGAACAGAGCAGGAUAUACAGGCAGCCCCAAAUGGACCCGCUUGGUGCUGGUGGCUUCUUGCAGUUUUACCUGUGGAUCCCAGGUAUCAGCUGACAGUAAUGUCUAUGAUGUCCCUUAAAGAUCGCUUGUUGAAAAUCCAGCACAUCCUCACCUGCUUUUCUAGAGACCAGCCCAAAUGACUAGCCGCCUUCAGCGCCCUUAAGAUGUAUCCAGCCCUGACUGUGGUCACAGCGGUGCUUUUCACUAUCUUUGCACAUUUAAUCUUGGUAUAAAUUGCAUUUAUGGAUCUCAUAAGUAACAGAAUGUUUAAUGCGGACUUAUUGGAUGGCUUGUGUGUUACAGUAAACAGUGCACUAUGUAAAAAAAAAAAACAAAUUCGUUUUUUGGGUAAAUUUGAUUUAUUUAGAAUGUAUGGAUUCCAAGGUGUAUACCAUUCUGCUGCAUUUUUGUAGUCGCUGAAGUUCACUUCCCGCAAAUUGGGGACACGGUAUACAUUUUUCCACAAGGUAGUCCAUGCAAACGAAUUAUUUAUUAAUAGUGCUGUGCGUUAUUUUAAACUUACCAAUGACUGAAACAAUUACUUUCUGUCCAAGUCUGCACAUCGUUGGGUUGAUCGACCACUACAUGUUAAAUGUAUGCGCCUUUUGAGAACAGAGAUGGCAGGAGCCUGUGUGCUAAUCUGUGUAAGACUUGCAGGUUUGAAACUGGCAAUUUAGCUAGAUUUUAAAGGAGAACUUAACCCAUAUGGGGGGAAAAAAACCCUACCCUACAUAGAUCCUGCUCCCCCCAGCCUAGCUGCUACCCCUGGUAAAUGUCCCUAGCUCUUUACUUACCGCUCGGUGCAGAUUCAGGGAAUCGGAGUUCAUGGGCGCAAUAUUCUGGUAUUUCGGUAAUCUUCGGUAUCAGCACAUGCGCAAUUGGAGCAAUAUUCUGUUUCGCGACAACUGCGCAUGUGCCAAAAGUCACGGAAAUUGCAAAAGUGAAGGAGGAAGACCCGAAGAUGACCAAAAUGCCGGAAGAUGGUGCCCAUGAACUCUGAAUGCCCUGAAUCUGCACCGAGAGGUAAGUAAAGAGUAAGGGGCAUUUUCUUCAUCAAAUAAGUAAUAUAAUUAGUAAGACUCUAUCUUAUAUUAAGGGGUUACAGCAUUACUUCGCACAUAUAUGGUGACCCUAAUCCUUCCACAAAAGCCAGGCAAGUUAUUUUUAGUGAAACUCUUGGCUUAUUUAAGAUCUGUAUCUCCAAAGAUGCCCCAGUAGCUCCCCGUCUUCUUUUCUGCUGAUUCACUGCACAUGCUCUGUGCUGCUGUCACUAAAGGUGGCAACAUCGCCAAACGAGCGGAUCUUUCCCCGAUAUGCCAUUAACGAGCAUGGCUAUAUCGGGGGUAAUCUGAUUGUUCGGCGAACAGUCCGAUUACAAUGCGUGAUGUGUUCCAUCGGGAUCGGUCGGGUCAAAAUCAACCCUGACGGAUCGACCAAAUGACCGAUCUCCGCCGGAUGAAAGAUGUCGGCAUGUGUGUCUAUGGCCACCUUUACUGAGCUUAGGGACCCACUCACAAUAUACAGUAC